GAAAGAAAAAAACAACCCCACCAAACAAUGGAAUAUUCAAUUGUAAUGUGUGUCUUGUCUGUGGGCAGAUCUGUGACUUUGGUCUGGCCCGCAUCAUGGAGCCGGACGAGAGCGUGGCCAUGACGCAGGAGGUGGUCACUCAGUACUACCGGGCACCCGAGAUCCUCAUGGGCGCCGUCCACUACACCUCGGCCGUUGACCUGUGGUCAGUGGGCUGCAUCUUCGCAGAGCUCCUCAGCAGGAGAAUCCUGUUCCAGGCCUCCGCGCCAGUACAACAGCUGGACCGCAUCACAGAGGUGCUGGGAACUCCGUCCUUCGAGGAUAUGCCUACGGCUUGCCAGGGAGCCCGCGACUACAUCCGGUCGCGCCCCCACAAGCCAGCGGCCCUCAACCAGUUUUACAGCCUUUCCGAUCAGGCUACCCACGAGGCCGUCCACCUCCUGUGUCGCAUGCUAGUCCUCAACCCGAAUAAGCGGAUCACGGCAGCGGACGCCCUGACCCACCCGUAUCUUGACGAGGGUCGCCUGCGCUUCCACUCCUGUAUGUGCUCCUGCUGUACUCCGGGGGCGCAGGGUCGAAACUUCUGCGGUGACCUCGAGCCCGAGUGCCCCUUGCCCUUUGACUACAACUUUGAGAAGUCGCUCACCUCCGUCUCCAGGGUUAAAG